CCUUUGCUCCGGCCUGGCUGUACAAUGGAGUAGCCUUCAAGCACCGCAUUAACUGAUGAUUAGGCCAGCACGCAUAUGCGAGUCGCGCGUGCGUGGCUCUCUGGGUCACGUGACACGUCGCGUGCUGUCCUGGUAACCCGAGGCGCCAGCACGUGCACUCGUGCCUGCCUAAAUGCUGCUCAGCCACGUGCCUCGUCGAAAAGUGGGCGAGACUUCCAACUUCUUCUCCUCUGACACGGGAGAGCGUAAAGUUUGUCUCUUUCUCUCGGUCGCUCUUCACUGCUCGGCAUUUGUACUUCUUUCCUUCAUUUAAAAAAAAAAAAAAAAGACUCCACACAUCAGACACCUCUCUAGGUUUUUAACUGGAGGCUGAACUUUCUUUCCCCCUCUUCUGUCUCUCUCUCGCGCGCGCUCACUCGCUCUCGGCCACGGAACACAGGAAGCCAUUUUGCCUCCCCGCUGCGCGCGCAUCCUUGGCGAGCGCUCGCGACAGACAGGGUUGCAGCACGUGGGGUGCCAUGCCUAAAGCGGGGCGUACCUCUCGUCUUUGACACACUCGUCAAGAAUUCCUUCCUCGUGCGUUAGUGUUCUGUCUCGCGCAUCAACCAUACACUGACUUGUGGGCUACUUCGCCGCCAUGUCCAGCCGCAAACGGGAGAGGGUGGAGCAGACAUCUCAUAAAGUCAUCGAGAAACGUCGUCGGGACCGCAUCAACAACUGUUUGUCGGAGCUGAGCCAGACCGUGCCCGCAGCGUUUUCCAAGCAGACUUCCGGCAAGCUGGAGAAGGCGGAGAUCCUGGAGAUGACAGUCGAGUACCUGCGAGCAGUGCAGGCCACAGAGAUCGGCAUUCGCUUUGAAAACGGUGAAUGGUUUAGCGCCGACAUUUGGUCCGACUUCGCCCACCAUUACCAGUCUGGGUACGGUGAGUGUCUGCGCGAGGUCGUCAAGUACAUGGCCGACGUGGAGGGCGUGUCCAUGAGCGACGCCCGCUGCAUCCGCCUAGUGUCUUUUCUACAGAACCGAUUCACACCAGAAACGCAAUCAGCCUGCGCGGCAGCCAGUUCUUGCGCUGGAAGCGUUGGCAGCGCCACAGGAAGCGGAAUAUGCGUGGCUGCCGGAAGCGGAAGUGUCGUCGUGAACCACGGUAAACGCCAGUGCCCACGUUGGGAACGCGGCGCUGUUUUCCGUCGCCGGGGAGUUCCGGGGUAGCCUGCCUGCAUCCCCUGCUUCUGCACAUCGUGACGUUGUCUCCGUCUUGAAAACGGCGCCGCCAAAACUGCCCUCGUCUGCUGCACCGCUCCUGACGUGCUACCCUGCUGGCUACCUCUCAGCUGCAGCUGCAGCCGCUGCCUUUGCCGCAACCAACUCGGUCGGCCAACCAAAAGCAGCUGUUCAGCAGAACCACCCGGCUAACUACCCAGCCUCUCUGGCCGUUGUGGAUACUCGGCCCUGUCAUUCAUUUCCAACCUUUCCUUUCACGGUAGAUUUGCCAAGAUUCGCACAUAGCUCCAAAGACGUGGCGGCCAUGUUCGCGCAUGCGCGGACCGGGAUGGCGGCUUCAAGAAUCGUUGCUGCAGCUGCCGGAGCAGACCUGUUCGCAGACACGCACCCUGGAGGUGAGUUCACGACAGCCUUGUGCCACGAAGCAGCUGGGCGCAAAGAACCCCGAUCUAGUGUAUGACAGCCUCUGGUUUCGCGAGUAGACUUGUAAGCUAGUGCCAACGGCCAAACAUUAAACUGCUCCAAGGCGACAAUCGACAAACAAGAUGGGGCCGCUGAUCGUAGCAACGUCAGAAACCAGUGAAAGGUGUGAGAGAAUGCUGCGGUGAAAACAAACUUCUUUGGUUGUGCAAGUUAAUGGCAUCGCGCAAACAAAAUCAGGAACAAAGAAUUAGAAGAAAAGCCGCAAGUAGCGGUGGAUCGCCUCUCUUGCGUCAUUUCCGGCCUUGGACAAGAUCUUCCACACGUGCCUUAAGCAAAGUGUUUGGCGGACCAGUCCUAAAUCAGUCUUUUCCAGUCGGAAGGUUGAGGCUACCAUGGAAGGAAUGAAAGCAGAAGUAACUGUAAAGAGAGAACGGACUUCGGGGAGGAGCAAGGAAAGAACGGAAGCGUGUGGACGGUGCACUCAACUCACUCAGGACCUCAGUUGUGUUCCUGUCUUGAGCCAUAACCAUUGUCGACAAUCAUUUGGUGAUUCAGAGCAAUGUCAAGGUGAUAUAUUGUAUGUGUCUCAAUAUAUACAUGUCUGUGUGAAUGUAAAUUGGCGGGCAGGUGGUGGAUGGUGGGAUAAAAAGCUGGGGGAGGGGGGCAAGGAAAGAGAAUUCGACAUGUAAAAACAAAAGAGGAAUAUUUACAAGAUACUUAUACUUUCUCCAUAAGGUAUUAGACCACUUGUAUAAUAUGUACAUACUGACUUUUUUUACCUUUUUGCAAUAACCAUCUUAAUUUAUCUUUAUAUUUCACAUUAAACUCUUGUGCUCCCUCUGGCUUUGUUAUCGGUUGUUAGUCUUCACCAUCAUAGUGCUCAUUUUGAAGUUAAAUUUUGUGUAAGCGAUGUUAUUACACGUGUUUGCUAAAACUCCA